AUUGGUCAAAGAAGUCGUAGCGAGCCUGUUUCGUUUGGCAACAUAAAAUAACACAAAAUUGUACGAAAUGAGACAUAUUAUAUUCAAAUUUUUAUGGCUCAUUAUUAUACCGCCAUUGGUCGAUGUCAAUACGAAGGUACUAACGACAACCGAGUCAAGUGCAGACUAUCUUCAAAAAGUUAUGCUCGAACUGCAACAACUUCAUUCACCUACGACACCAAAAACUUAUGUUGGAUCUACUGGAAAUCUUCAAUCCGACAAUUUACAACAGUAUAAUCAAAAUCAAAACUACUCGAUUCAAAAUCAUCUUUCUGAAACGCAUCAAUUCGAUCAAAUAUUUCAUAAGGACGAUUUUCGAAACUCGAAAACAUCGUCUCAUAAAAAAAUUGAUUUACAACAUUCUGGAUCGGAGAAUAUACCGCAAUAUUACGAGAUUCGCUCUCCCACGUACGUUAGCGCGGCAAAUUUGAAAGAUAGUAGAUUAUUUGCGGAACUCGCUGCAAUCUAUAAAAAUGCGUUGAACAAAGGACCAUUUAUCAGUGUAUCGUCCUCGUCAAAUUCUGACAAAAGACCUCAAAUCGUGGAGACUCACCUUGAAUUACCAGUUAGGCAACCGGCGUAUCAUCAUUAUUAUUUUUUCCCAUUAAAAACAAUUGAAAAUGAAAUAAAUAAAAAUGACGAACAUCAUCUUAUGAGUACAUAUAAUAUCGAUAACGUUGCUGAAAGUGCAUCUCAUAAACAAUUAAGCAAUCCACUUUUUAUAGCUAUAAGUACAUUUGUCAGUAUAGCUGUUUUAUUUAUGAUGGGAAUUUUAUUUUUACCAAAACUUCAUCAAUAUGGCAUUUUUUCAACAAGAGGAAUUCAAGAUGAUUUUCUUUAUUUAACUAAUAUCGUUAUGGGUGCUAUUGAUAAAUUUGAGGACUGAAAUUUAUUUCAUUGAAUUAUUUGACACAGAUUAAGUCAUAUAUAGUAUUAAGAAGCAAGAAAGAUAUGAAGAUAUCAAGCGUGUAGCAGAGUAUUUAAGACUGUUUAUCACCAAUAGUUUUAUAAUGGUUUAGACCAACAAUAAAUAUAAUUUAAGUGUAAUUCUUGAAUAAUUUUGAUGAACAGUCUCAUUUUUAAAAUGAAGAUAUAAGCGAGGAUAUGACUCUUUUGAAUUUUUAUAAAAGCUUUGUUCAUCAAAAUCAUUCAUGAAUUACGCUUGGAUUCGCUUUUGGCGUAA